AUGACUCACCACCGUCUUCUCAGAAGCAGCAGCACCACCACCACCGGAAUAAUCUCAACCAAUUACAUCUCUUCAACCUCCUUCAUAAUCGAUCCUGACCACAAACCUCUCGUCGGAACAUCCUCUACUGCAGGUUUCGCCCGCCGUUUCUCCAGAACCAUCCACUCCAUUCUCAACGUUAUAUCAAUCCCUACAAUCCUUCCGUCGUGCCGGUGGCUUAGCUUACCCACCCAACUCUCACUAAGACCGUCCCACAGUCGGAAAGUCACCGGCACAUUAUUUGGAAACCGGAGGGGACACGUCAGCUUUGCGGUGCAGUAUGAUCCGAGAUCAGAACCAGUAUUGGUGGUAGAGCUGGCGGUGUCGACGGCAGCUCUGGUGAAGGAAAUGUCGUCUGGGUUAGUUAGGAUUGCACUCGAGUGCGAGAAACAGCACCGCCGCGGAAACACGAAGCUGUUUCACGAACCGACGUGGAGCAUGUAUUGUAACGGGAGGAAGUGUGGGUAUGCACAGUCACGGGCGUGCUCGGAGUCGGACUGGCACGUGCUGAGCACGGUGCAAAGCGUUUCGGUGGGUGCCGGAGUCAUACCGGUGGUGGAAGACUCCGGCAAAAGAAAAGGCGAAGGGGAGCUGCUGUACAUGAGAGCGAGAUUUGAACGAGUUGUGGGGAGUCGUGACUCGGAAGCAUUUUAUAUGAUGAACCCGGACGGCAGUGGAGGGCCUGAACUCAGUAUAUUCCUACUUAGAAUAUAA